AUGGACAAGAAAACAAGGUUUACGAGUAGGCCGAGCAAUGAGCACUGGAAAGCUAUUGAGCGAGUCAUGAGGUACCUUAAAAUGACCUUGGAUCUCGGCCUACAUUAUAAGAAAUUUCCUGAUGUACUAGAAGGGCAUAGCGAUGCAGAUUGGAACACCUUAUCGGAUGAUUCCAAAGCUACUAGUGGCUAUAUAUUUAGUAUAGCUGGGGGAGCAGUAUCGUGGAAAUCAAAGAAACAAACCAUGCUGGCUCAAUCUACAACGGAGUCUGAGAUGAUAGAACUAGCCAUAGCUAGUGAAGAAGCAAGUUGGUUAAGAUGCUUGCUAUAUGAGAUCCUGUUAUGGGAAAACCAAUGCCAGCUGUGUUAUCCACUGCGAUAG